AUUUUUAUCAUUUGUGUUGUAAACCCUAACUCAUCGACGCUCCUAAUUUCUUUCAGACUUUCUCCCUCUCUCCCUUUGCAACGAUGAAGUUUUGGGCUCGUGAAGUUAAAAGUGGUCAACAGUUUGAAGCAAAGAUUCCUGAAGGUUUUUAUUUGAAUCUUAGUCAUGUAUCAGUUGGUGAGGCGGAUGAAGAGUCACAGGAGUCUGGUUUGGUGCACAUAAUUGUUAAUGGAAAAAAACUGGUGCUUGCAGCCCUUGACCGCAUGUGGCUCUCAUGCGAAUCCGUUAAUGCGGUAUUUUUCAAAAACUUCCAUAUCUCUCAUACUUUGAGCAGGGGGAGUGUUUAUCUUUACGGAACCCUAGAGGAAUUGGAAGAGUCAGGUUCAUACACUUGAAAGGCCCAAGAGACGUUGAAAGGCCCAAGGCUACGGUCAUUCUUUUUUCUCGAAUCUCUAUCUCCCUGCAAUGGAAGCGUUUCCAGAUUAUGAGGUUAAAAGUGGCGAAUCGUUUCAUGUAAAAGUUCCUGAAGACAAAGUUGUGCUUCUUACAAAGGCUUAUCUUAAAGAAGAUACGGAGAGAGUAGACAAAAACAAAACAAUUUAUUUGCGCCUUAGAGUUGAUGGAAGAAGGCUGGUAGCUGGAAGCCUUCACCCUCAAAGGCGGCGUGAACAAGUUUUGAGGUUGACAAUUGACAAAGAUUUUCAGAUCUCACACAGUUUAAGCAAUGGCAGUGUCCACUUCUCUGCAGCCAUAGCUGAUAAAACUUGUGGUUAUCGUUAUUCUAAAAGUGAUACAGAUUCUACAGAUUUUGAUGAUGAAGAGGAAUAGACACCAAACAAGGGGGUUCAAGACAAUGGUGACGAGUGAUUGAUGAGGGGUUGAGGGUUGCAGAUUAGAUUUCAUUGAAGAGUCGUGAGGACUGAGGAUGGUUUCUAAAUUCUAAUAUAAUGCAUGUUGUUUACUGUUUAGUAUAGUAGGUUUGUUGGAAAAAGACAUCAAAAUCAUAUAUUACUCUCUUUAUUUGUUGUCUUGAAGAUUGGUAUUGAUGGUAAUUAUGAAUUGGUUAUUUCAAACCCA